AACAACAAUGGCAGCAGCAUUCUGAAAAGCCUUCUGUUUUUUAACAGUCAAAUGAGCCAAUCACGUUUAACAUCACCUAGCAUCACAAAUAUUACAAUAUACUAAUACUGGUAUCAUACAGAAUCCAACAACAUUUGACAACAACCCUUCUCCUCCUCCUCCUCCGCCGCCGCCACCGCGACCGGAAUUUGAGGUCAUUACCACCGGCAUGGGUGCUACCGAACAUGUGGUAGAAGGAGAGAGUGAAGAACAAAGGAGAGAAGAGAGGGAGAAUGAUACGAAGAAAGAAGAGGAAGAAGAAAGAGAAGAGGAGGGUGAGGAGGAGGAGAGAGAAGGAGAGGAAGAGAAAAUAGACUUGGAGAAAGGACAAGCGGGAGCUGUUAUUGAAGAGAUGGCGUUGGAGAGAAUUGAGGAUCAAAGAGACCAUUUUAAUGUGUCAAUGAUGCAGAGAUUGAACCCGACAAACCCUUUGAGGAUUGUCAUAAAUGGUGGCACUAGAGUUGCUACUCCUUCUCCUUCUCAGUCUUCUCGUUUUCAGCCUCCGCCUCCUGCUCCUCCUCGUUCACAGCCUCGUUCUACACCAACCCCACAACAAUCAAUAACAACACUGAAUUCAAGAAGAUACACCAACAAAAUAUCUCUGUUCUUGUUCGUGGUGCACAUGUUUGUGGCUGUUGCACUUGUCUGCUUUCUUAUAUUCAAGGGAAUUCAAGGGUUAAUAGAAGCAUCAAAUCCUGCAAAAAGAAACGAAGAGAGAGUUCUUAAAUUCUUGUUGCCGCAAGUUGAAGCUGCGUCUCUUCUGAGCAUCACGCUUGCGUUUGCUUGGCAAAAGGCUCUGCGAGAAUGGCCUCAAAUCAUGGUUUACGUCAUCCUAUGGGGCAGUUUCUUCAUGUCUUUAUCAGCAGGAAUCCUUCUGAUUUGCUUCCAAAAGCCUGCCACUGAUGGUGUUGGAGUUUGCUUCAUCGCCUUUGCAAUCGGUAAUGGUUUGUAUGCUUGUUGGGUCUCUCAGCGAAUCGGUUUCUGUUUCAAGAUUCUGCUUAAAUCCCUGGAACCAGUUUCCAAAUUCCCUGAUCUAAACCAACCUGCCUAUUGGAUGCUUGGGUCUGGAUUCUUGUGGAUGUCUCUAUGGAUUUUGGCUGUGGUUGGAGCUUUGAACUUCUACUACCCACCAUUGAUUAUAAUUGCUUUGGGCUUAAGCUUGGCUUGGACAACAGAAGUUAUGAGGAAUGUUGUUAACAUAACAAUUAGCCGAGUGAUUGCCCUCUAUUAUCUGAGAGGAAUGCAGUCCAACACUCAGUUUUGCUUCCAAAGAGCCCUGACUCGUAAUCUUGGAAGUGCUUGUCUUGGAUCCUUGUUCGUGCCAACAAUUGAAACCUUGAGGAUUAUUGCCAGAGGUUUGAAUUUGCUUGAGGGAGAAGAUGAAUUCAUGUUUUCCUGUGCACAUUGCUGUCUCAAUGUUAUGGAGUCAAUCUUCAGAUAUGGAAAUGGCUGGGCAUACGUACAGAUAGCUGCCUAUGGCAAAGGUUUUGUUAGAGCAUCGCAAGAUACAUGGGAGCUUUUCCAAAGGGAGGAAAUGGUACCCAUAGUAGAUUCCGACAUGACCAGUGCAAUCUGCUUCCUUACAGGAGUUUGCAGUGGCUCGAUUUGUGUCAUUGUCGUGGCUGCCUGGACUGCUAAAGUCCACCAACCCUUCACAGCCACCAUCUCCUUCCUGGCUUUCUUUGUUGGAUACCUCAUGACAAGGAUCGCUAUGGCAUUGCCGCAUGCCUGCGUGAGCUGUUACUACGUUUGCUAUGCGGAAAAUCCUGAGAACCGAUUGUUCGACAAAACAAUCAAAGAUCGUAUCAACCUGAUCAAGACCGGUCGGGAUAUUGUCGUUCCGACACCGCGUGUACCCCGUCGAUUUACCAGAUAGCCGGUGGUCAGUUCUAACAGAAACCAGAGUGGGAGGAAAAUCCAGGGCCACGGUUCCGAAUUUUGGCCAGGCAUGGGUCAGGUCAUCCACCAGGACUUUAGACGUGGCCAAUUUGCCUCCAGGUAAAUUUAUCCACAACUGCUGACGAUGACGAGGCGUUUGAAUGUGAAAGGUUUAACCCAUUAUUGGAUGUUUUUCCAUUGUGGAAGGAAAGUGGAGAGCCCACCGAGAUUCCAAUCAACAAGGCUACACUGACCGCCCACAUUUUGCUCAUGUUUCCUUUGUAUUAUAUUGGAUAUUUGCAAAUACUUUUAGGAUAUUCCACCCUAAAAAAACAAAGAAAAGUGGUAGUACCAUUAUUUCUUUAUGACUUGACACCCACCAUUAUUUAAUUGAACUGUACUAAUUCCUUACUUCCCUCAUGUAAUUUUAUACGUAAUCAAGUAAAGCAGAGAUGCGUUAGAGGUACAGCCUCCA